UUCCCAAAACUUCUUAAACCCUAGAAAUCCUACUGCUAAACCCCAGACUGGAAACUUUUCUUCUCCGUCUCUGCAAAAGAUGGGGUUCUUCGAUCUCAAUAUACCCUAUGAAACCUCUCAAUCUUCAAAGACCACGCGCAUCAAAGUGGUAAUCAAAGCUAUGGAGCUAGGCUACACUGGGAUCGCUUAUAAUCGCACAAUCAAGGGCGUCAUGUCUGAUCGUGAUCGCUGCUCUAUUACGCCUCUCUCCCUUGCCUCUCUUCUCAAUGUUGCUCCUUCCCUCGCUUCCUCCGUCAAUCUCCACCGCGAACUCCUUGGUAUCCCACGCUCCUCCCCCUUCCGUCAGUACACGCGCUUGACGGUUUCCGUGGAUACUCCUGCUCAGUGUCAGGCGCUUAACAGUGGGAAUCCCAUUUUGAAGACUUAUGAUUUGGUUGCUGUUAGGCCUCUUAAUCAGAGCGCUUUCGAUUAUGCCUGCGAGAAAUCAGAGGUGAAUAUAAUUGCUAUUGAUUUCUCAGAGAAGCUGCCUUUCAGGAUGAAGCUGCCAAUGGUUAAAGCUGCUAUGGAGCGUGGAGUUUGCUUUGAAAUUACUUACUCUGAUCUUAUUCUGGACGUUCAAGUUAGGAGGCAAAUGAUUUCAAAUGCCAAGUUACUGGUGGAAUGGACUCGAGGAAGGAAUCUCAUUUUCUCAAGUGCUGCUCCUUCAGUUAAUGAACUUAGAGGGCCAUGUGAUGUUGCAAAUUUAUCAUCUUUGCUUGGGCUUUCCAUUGAACGUGCUAAAGCAGCUAUUUCCAAGAACUGUAGGAACCUUAUAGCUAAUGCUUUAAGGAAAAAGCACUUUUACAAGGAUGCUAUUAGAGUUGAAUUGAUAACACCUGAUGAAAAAUCUCGCGCGAAGGAACCAUUCUCUAUGGACUGGCUUAAGUGGGAUCCCAUCUCAAGUGGUGAAGGAGAUUUGCAACUAGAGGACAUGGCAAAAUCCUUUGCUGCCACCAUUGGUGUGUCCAAUUCUGUUAAGGCCAUUGAUUUUGAUUCACUUAUUGACAACAUGCCACCUCAUUCUGAAAAGUUUUUGACUGCUAAGGCAGUUGAUGUGCCAUCUGCUGCAACUGGAGUGUCUGGAAAAUAUGGCAGGCGUGAACUUCUUCCAGAAACUGAGGGGAAUGCUUUAUUCAAUUCUCCAUCAAAGAAUCAGACCUUGGAUUAUGGAAGUUCCCAAGAGUUGUGUUUUCCAAAUGACGCUGGAACAAAUUCAACUAUUUUUGAGGAAAUUGGAGCUUCUACUAACACCACUGAGGAAGAGCCAAAAGAUUUGAAUGGAAAUGAUGCAUUAGUUCCUUUCUUUGUAACUCAAAAGCAUGAUUUGCUUUCACAAAAAGACAUCCCUGAUUGUGAAUUAAAUUCUAUGGUACUAAGUGAGGAUAUAAUGCAUCAGCGAUCUGAUGCAGAAGCUGAGUUAACUGAUACUUGUGUUCCUGCUGCUAUAAGAAUAGAAACUUUAUCGGAGAAUGCAAAUUUUCCAGCUCCUCAGAUUAAAAAGUGCAUGAAUUCACAAGGUUCUGAUGCAACUUUAGAUGCAGAAGAUGUUUUGAUGGAUAAAAACAUAGCACAGAUGGGUGUAAUUGAUCAGGAAGAAACACCUGUAAUUGAAAAUAUUUCUGGAAGACAAUAUUGCAAGGAAUCAAAGAAUGAUACUAUUACAUGUGCGGAUCAUGUUCGAUUUCCAUUGGUCUCUAGUAGUAUGAAAACUAAAGAGGCUCCUUCAGUUGCAAAAUGGGAGACCACAGAGGAGGUGGCGAUGGAAGAGCAAGAGGUUAUGGAGACCCAAGAGGAGGUGGGAAUCAAAGAGGAGACCCUAGAGGAGGUGGCAAUGGAAGAGCGAGAGGUUGGAGAGCUUGGCCACAACAAUGAUUUGAAAGCUAAAUAUAACUCUCCUGGUCCACAGUUUAUGCCCUCAGACAAGGUGGCAAUGGAGGAACAAAAGCUUGAAGAAAUUGAUGCUGAGACUAAUAAUCAAGUGCUCUUCCCAUCUUCAUCAGGGAAAUCCAGGGCAAAGCAGAGGUUACUAAGCCAGCCUCUUGUAUUUCCUCUGAGGCGAUUGUUGAAUCCUAUACCUUUCAAAAAGAAAUCCAAAAAAUUUAAACACCAGAUGAACGCAUAACCAAGGCCCCUUCCACCUACAAAUAUUUCAUGUUGAUUGGCGAAAAUGUAAAGUGCGGUUAGUUUAAUGCUAAUUCUUCCAUUUUACAGCAUUUGUUCUUAUGAAAUUAUGUGACAGAUCUUGCAGUUGCAUCUGCAAUUCAAAUUUUGGUCCAAAUGAUUAGGGUGCGUAUUGGAAUUUUUUUUUUUUUACUUAUGAAGAUGAGAAGAUAUAGAAAAAUUUAUGUUAAAUUU